AUGUUCCGUGAACCUUUCAUCUUCAGGAUUAACGACAAUGCUGGCGGACCUAAUUUACUGGUUCAGGUCUGUUUGGAACGUGGCUGGCGAGAGUACAGCGAUGUGGGAGUCAUGAAAGACAAAUGGAACCUCUGGUGGAGAACUAGUGGUUUUCCUGUCAACCAUUACAAGCAACUUAAAUCUUGGCAGUUUACAAACCACAUACCACGAGGGUCACUUAUAUGCCGAAAAGAUAAUUUAGCGAGAUACCUGAAGUGCAUGAGAAAAGUAUAUGGAGCUAUUUAUGACUUUAGCCCUGUGGUGUACAACUUGCCCCUGGAAUACACGAAGCUGGUGGCUGAGUACAUACGUCAGAGCCAGGGAGACCAGGCGGCGGUGUGGAUCUGCAAGCCGGUCAGUCAGAGUCAAGGCAGAGGCAUCUUCCUGUUCCGAGACCUCAGCGAACUCUGCUACGAUUCGAACGCUGUUGUUCAGAGAUACAUCCAAAACCCACUGCUGAUUGGCGGAUACAAGUUCGACUUGAGGUUGUACGUGUGCAUACCCUCGUACCACCCUCUGACUGUGUACUUGUACAGAGAGGGACUGGCCAGGUUCGGCACAGAGAAGUUCUCCCUGGUCGAUCUGGACAACCCGUUCUGUCACCUGACCAACAGCUCCCUCAACAAAUUUGGGCCGGGUUACACAGAAAAAAAGGAAAGGGUAGGGUCAGGUUGCAAGUGGACGCUGAAACAGUUACGCCAAUACUUCCACCAAGCUGGGAUCUCUGACUGGCUACUGUGGCAGAGAGUCUCGUCUCUCAUCAUACUGACAGUUCUGAGUCAAAUCGGAGGGAUACCAAACACAACCAACUGUUUUGAAUUCUAUGGCUUUGACGUCUUGGUUGAUUCCUGCCUCAGACCCUGGCUUUUAGAGGUGAACUUGAGCCCAGCUCUGGGAAACGACUGCGACGUCGACGCGGCAGUAAAGAAACCCAUGUUGCACGACAUGUUCGAUCUCCUCGGGCUGCCAGUGUGCAACACGGGGCUCUCGCUGUUCAAGAUCUGGUCGGCGAGCUCGCGCAAGGAGACGGCGGCAGACGGCGCGCGCGACGACGACAAGGAGAACUCCAAGCACGGCGAGGCUGACUUGCUGUCGGCGUCGGCCAUAACCUUCGUCACCGCUGCGAGCCGGUGGCGGAGGAGACACCACCAGAGCCAGCAGGGCGACGUUGCCAAAUGCGCGCAAAGACCUCGCCGGCACAGUGCGAACAAGUCCAGCUCUUCUCCGGCCUUCUCCGCCGAAGACAUUACAAACAACGUUUUGUCAACUAAUGAUGAGCAGAGCUUCAGUAAAAUAGAGGUUGAUUUAUAG